UCCCGAAGCGGUCCUACAGCAUUUCAUUGAAUUUAGUAUCACACUGCUGCAAAUGGAUUUUCGAAUUAUUGGUGUUAGACUACUUUAAAAGCACUUCGCCUAUUGCGUUUUUCAUGUUUCGUGCACCACAAACCUUGGUACUAUGUUCUGCGAAUGUUUGUUACUGCGCAUUAAUACACGAUGUCGGCAAGUUUCACAGAAUAGCGUUUCCAUGUCUUCGACGCUGAUGUGUAAAUUCGAAAACGUUCCUGUGGCGUGGAAGUAAAUUAAUUCGCAAUGUGAUGACUUUGGUGCCAUAAGACAAUGAAGAAAGUAACCCUGAGACCAGUUAUGGGGGGGCAGAAAGUGGUGGAGCUUAAAACCGGCAAAACGAUCAUCGGCAGGGGCCCAUUGCUCGAAUGCAGUGACAAGAAGGUAUCAAGGAAUCAUGCAAUCUUGGAGGUCUUGCAGGAUGGCGAGGUGCUUAUUACACCGACUCACGUCAAUCCCUGCUUCUACCAAGCCCAGGGCAAUGGUCCUUCCAAGGUCUUGAAGAAGGACAAGCAGCAUACACUGUCCUCUGGGGAUUCCAUUUCACUGUUGCCCAACAACUACAAAUACAUUAUUGAAGUGGCCAACUCCCCAGAGGAUAUUUCCAGUUCCAGACUGGGAGCACAAGACAGCAAUGGUGAACAUGAUGUUGAAGAAAUCACAAAAGAUGGACCAGACAUCAAACCUUCUCUGCCGGCGGAAAAUGGUAGGGAAAGGAGCCCCAAGCCCAAGAAGGUUGCUUCUCGUAAGGAACGAACGCUGCCCCAGUGGUUGGUGGACAAUGCUAAAAGCAAACCUGCCAAGAAAGGAAGCAUUGCAGCCACACCAAAGCCAACGAAAAUGAGGCAAGCAAAGCCCAGGUACACUUUCUCUGAGAGUGAUAACGAGUCCGCAGACGAAGAGGAGUAUGCACCCACCAAAACAGCAGGACGCUCUUCUCGGAGAAAUCGUGGCACCAUGCAGAAGAUCUCCUUAGAUGACUUUGUAGCGAGUGAUGACGAUGAGUGGGGCAACAGUUCGGAGGAGGCGAAACCGCGGCCAAGGCGAAGGCAAGUUGAUGACUCGGGAAGUGACUGGGAGGAGGAGAACCGUAAGAAGAAGCGAGUUCGACGAUACGUAUCGUCAGACAGUGAUUCCGCCAGUGACUGGGAAAGGGCCAGUAGAAAAAGGAAGCCACCAACCAGGGCACGUGGUCGCAGAGGGAAGAAAUCGUCCUCCGAAUCCGAGGUCUCUGACGAAGACAUUCCUUUACAAAGUGAGAAAAGGCAAAGCAAAAGACAAGCCGCAUGCAAGUACGGCAGCAAGUGUUUCAGAAAAAAUGCAGAGCACAAAAAGCAGUUUAGCCACAAUGAAACUGAAGAUUCUGAGCAAGAACACUCUGAGGAAGGGGAAAGUUCAGAAGCCGACGAGAAGCCCCUGUGUCAGUAUGGCGCCGAUUGCUACAGGAGAAAUGCAACGCACCUAAAGGAAUUCCGGCACCCACCACAGAGGACAAAAUGUAAGCAGAACAAAGCGAGCAACUCAAAAGGUGAUGAGUAUGAAUGGCGUGACGAGGAAGGGGACAGCUCGACACGGCGCAAGUAACGCAAAGAUGACUGAGGCAUGACUUGCCAGAGGGCUCAUGCGGAAAAAGACUCUACGUGGUGUCGUGCCUCGACAAAAAACAUUUGUGUGCUAGUGAUGUGGAAAGUGAGGUAAACAAUUUUCUAUGUGUCGCCAACUAUGGUGUGUUGGAGAGCUGUUGAAGCCUGCACGGAGAGACAUUAACCUGCAUUAUAUAAAUGCUUUUCCGUGCCACCUUGCAAUACACGGGGAUCCACAGCCCAGCUGACGGCCUCCCCUGUGCAGUUUAGGACUAGUCGCAAUGUAAGAGAUCCUAUGAGGCUACAAUCUUUUGCGUUUGUCUUCUGGUGUUCUUUUAUCAUGGACUGUGUGUUUUGGUGAAUCGUGGGUUGCACCUUUUUGUUUUUUUACUGUCGCCAUGCCAUAUGAUCAUUCCCUCAUUGUCAUUAGCGUUUGGGUCACAUACUGUUGUUUGGGUAUGCAAGAAAAGAAAUAAAAGUCUCUCUGAGCACCCUAA